AUGGAUGCAUCAACUGGUAACAACAUCACCCUAACACCAAAGAAUUCUCAAGUGUCCUUUAUGUUCAACAGUUCUGAGCCAUUUUGUGAUUCUCCUCCGUGUACUUGCGAUUUGCCAGGACUUUGCGAUUAUACCUGUGACAUCUAUGUAACAAGUCCACCGGGAACCGUCCUGAUUGCUACUUUUCUAGCUCUUCACAUUCCUGAAGAUGACACGAUGACUGUUAUAAAUCUGAACACUAGUGAGGAGUUAGUGAGAAUUUCUUGGAUAUCUUUAGUGAUUGAUCCGAUCUAUUUGGAUUCCUCGCAAAUGAAGAUCAAAUUUGAUCGUUGUGAUGGCAGCAGUCCUUACGUCUAUUUGGAAGCUGAAUUUUCUUUUACUGACCAAUUACAAGAUUCGUUCGUCCGCUCAAGCGGUGGUGCGUUCGCUCUGUCCGAUACCUACCCCAGCAUCACCAUACAGAGUGUCGACCUAUCCCUCUUGACUGACGUGGCAGCCGAACUACACUGGUUCAUCACAGCCAGCUCUUACACCUGGAUUCAGGUCGACAUCUUGGACAUGGAACCAGGAGAGGGUGGAGAAGUCUGCAUCUUUGAUACCUCCGAUACCUAUGGAGAGUGGGUGUGUAUGAGGGACUCCGUGUUAUCGACCACCUGGUACUCGUACGAUGACGAGAUCAAGAUGUCGUUCUACGUCAACGGAAAUAGUCAGCUUGGUGAUGGCCUGACGGUGAAGCUGUCUAUUGUUGAUCAUUCAACAUGGAAUGGACGGUCCUUGACAAUAGCAGCAUGCAACCCCAAUGUAGUUGUUCAGGAGGUUGAGACCAUAAGAUUUGUGACACCAUACUUCAACCAAUCCCUGGAAAAUGUGAGAUAUCAAUGCAGGAUGUCUUUCACAAAUGAGGACUCGUCGCAAAUUACUAGCCUCGAGUACAAUCACUUUGAUGUUCCAGGCGAGGUUUCAGUCUUUACGGUAGAGUCCGGUCAGUUUGUAACCCUUGCAGAUGCAACGGAUAUUAAAGUGGACAUCUCCCCUGAUUCACCAAUCGUCUCCAUAUCCCCAACUCACGAACUCGAAGUUGAUGUGACUACAGGAAGUUACAAAGGAACUGGAAUCGGAAUGAUGGUGCAACCAUUUACAGGUGACAUUACGAGUAGAGGGCUAGAGCCCAUGUCAUCCUUUGGCGUCGCCAUCGAGCUCGACGACACCUCCUACUUACAGGAGUUCACCACCCUUGGUUACCCAACUCUUCCCGAAGGCGAUAUCAACAUCAGGUGGUUGUUCGACAAACCCAUCACGGAUACGGCCAUCAAGGUUGAGUUCAUUGACUUUGACAUCGGUGCAGCCAUCCUGUUUGGUCACAUUGCAGAGACCGCCCCUCCCCCAUGGCAGUUCACGGGAUGGACCCUACCAGAUGACAUCCUUACGGAGACACAGAGGCUUACACUACUGUUACGAUCAGACAAUGUAUGCUGCAAACGAGGGAUUCACUUCAACGUGACACUAAUAAUACUGAACAAUGAGUGUGCGAAUUCACCAUGCAAUAACGGAGGAACUUGCUAUGAUGAUUUGGAAUCCUUCCGAUGUAUCUGUCCCGCCGGUUACAUUGGAGAUCUUUGCCAAAAUCUAAUUACAACGGAUGGAUCAAGCCCUCAAACAUCACCGCAGAGUUCCACUACAGUAAUUACAACGGAUGGAUCAAGCCCUCAAACAUCACCGCAGAGUUCCACUACAGACAUUACAAAGAUUACAACCCCAAGGGCAUCUACACCAGACAAAACAGAUGCCCCGACACGUGUCUCAUCUACGCAGGAAACAUCAACAUCCAAUCCUGCAGCUCUGAGUGGUACAUCAAACAAUGUGCUCACCAUCGCUCUAAGUACCAGUCUCGUCAUCGCCUUUCUACUCAUCACAUUCCUUGUCUGUGUUGUGGUCUACCGAAGUGGAAAACAAGCACGCGUUGCGUCAAGCACCAACCCUGAAUGUUGCUCCCCAAACGACCUCAUUCCAGCAAACAAUUCAGCUCAUCGAUACCAAGAAGGACCUCCCCUUCCUCCUGAUCGGCCUCCUGCGUACGAGACAAUCCCACCUCUGAAGGAAGGAGGGGCACAUGGGGGCCACUACCAAGAACUGGACAGUUCCGCCAUUGGUGGUGGUUAUUAUGUGGAGCUCAAUGAAGACAAAGGUCAUUUACCAGAGAAUGGCGUACCCGGAGACCCACAUGAAUACUUCACUAUCGUACCCCCGAGACCUGAAUGCAGUCAAGUCUCUCCUGCUCGGAAUCGCACUCUGAUCAGAUCCGCCAUUGGUGGUGGUGAUGAUGUGGAGCUCAAUAAAGAUAUAGGUCAUUUAGCAGGGAAUGGCGUACCCGAAGACCCACCUGAAUACUCAACUAUCGUACCCCCGAGACCUGGAGGCAGUCAAGUCUCUCCUGCUCGGAAUCGCGAUUCUCAGUAUGACUACAUGGAGCCUAUCAGCAGUAUACCGAUGAAUGGCACAACAUCCCUACCGUCUGGUGUUAAUCCGGAGCAAACCACAAUGUUCCACAAGUGAUGACGUGAAAGAUUUGUUUCGGGGAAUUACACCCUGAUAUGAAGAUAGUUUUGACGGGAGCAGAAAAUUUAGAGAAACAGAUUGGUGAAACAAAUCUGAGAAGUAUAAGGAAGUUAUGAAACAUAAAUUGGCCACUCUGUGACGGAUCAUGUGAGAUCCUCUCCAAUUGAAAUUAUAUUUUCCCUCAAGAAACUAUCUAAUCAUACAUGCCCUCUAGAUAUAAUCCUAGCACAUAUAUUUCUACACAAACCCUGUAUCGAUAUAUAUAUAUACAUUAUUAAUUCAUCAACAACUAAGAACAUGAAAUUAACAGAAAGACAACUCACUUUGAAAGACACGUCACAGAGUUGCCCAUUUUUGUUUGAUUGAUUACAAUUUAAAACCUCCUGAAUUUCUUAUUUUUGUUAUCGGAUUUUGCCUAAAUAUUGCUCGAACAUAACUUCAGUGAGAUCCAAAUUAUAGUUAACACACGGCACACGCGAUUAAACAUAAUGCUCAAAUUUAUGAAUAUUACGGUAUUUGUAUUUUCCUUUUAGAAAUUAUCAUCACGUCUUAUUGAUGAAAUUAUAAUGGACUCAGAAAUAAGUUGAAAACUCACAAAUUGAGUCAGGUCCACAAUCAAAAUUUCUCUACUAAUAGAGAAGGUUGAGUUCCGGGCAAAGGUGAAUAAUAAUUUGUGAGCGUUAUCAUUGUUAUUAUGCAAGUGUGGAAGACCA